GGUCAGUUGUGUCUGUGUGGGGGGGAUCAGAGGGUUCAGGUGGUCCCAUCAGAGCGCAUAGCUGCAGUGAUGGCCCAGCUGAAGGUAGCAGGAGAGGCAGCGAGGAGCCACCAGGACUGUGCAGAGGUUUACUCUGAUAUGGCGACUGUGAGCUCCACUGCAGAUAUAGGAGAGUCGGUGAGGAAAGGUUCAUUGUGCGAGACCUCCGUGCCUGUCAGCUUUGGCAGGCGGAGCAGAGGUUACCCCUCCCCAGCCAGGAGACGCCACCGCACCACAUUCAGCCACAAGCAGCUGGAACAGCUGGAGGUGGCCUUUGGGCAAAACCAAUACCCUGAUAUCUACUACAGAGAGGAGCUGGCCCGUAUCACCAAGCUCAAUGAGGCGCGCAUACAGGUUUGGUUUCAGAACAGAAGAGCCAAACAGAGGAAGCAGGAGCGCGCCUCGCAGAAAUUUCAGCCGGUGGGUGUGAUGCCGGGCCACAGGGCGCUGCUGGGAGGCGUGCACGUCCAGCCGUCCAGCAUGGCUCGACAGUACUACACGCAGCCCCUGGCUCACAUCCCCCGCCUGUCCCCCAUGCUGCCCUCCGGGACGUACUCCCGCCACCCGGGCCCGGUCGGCCAGUGCCCCUGCCCCGGCGUCCCACCUCCGCCGGCCACCCAGCGGCAGCAUGAAGACUGGUACGGCCCUCUGAGGGGCAACCUCACCUCACCCAUGUUCUCUCUGGCCUCCAUGCAGCCUCUGGAGCCGGCCUCUCACUGGAGCUAA